AUGGGUAAAUGCCUCCUGCUGCCACUGCUGCUGGUAGUCCUGUCUUCACUGCUGGGCUUCCCGCAAGCUCUAAAAUGUUUCCAGUGUCAACGAGUCAGCGCCAGUGGGGUUUGUGAGAGCGGGAAAAGCUUCUGCCAGACUCAAGGCAGCCAGCAGUGCUUUCUGAGGAAGGUCUAUGAAGGUGACACCGUUUCCUAUGGACACCAGGGUUGUAGCAGCCUAUGUGUUCCUAUGAAAUUCUUUAGACCCAGCGUUACUGUGGAUUUUAGAUGCUGCCAUGACUCACCUCUCUGCAACAAGUUCUAA